AUGGUUCGAGAGGUUGAAUCUUUUGGGAGAACACCAUAUCCAGUGGACGAUAUCGUCAACUCAGCGAUGUCAUCUAUUUUCACAAAAGCAACAACGUUGCCAGUAACUUGCACCCAGGUCCUGACAUCAAAUGAUGGCACACUGACAAGCCCCGGCAACGGCAGCUACGCCAACAACGUGCAGUGCGUCACUGUCAUCACAGGCCCCAGUGUACCAUACACCUUGGUCCUCAGCUUCACAACGUUUGACCUCGAGGGCUCAUCCACCUGUAGAUACGACUACCUGGAAGUUGAUAUGGGCGAGGGAAACAGCCAGAAGGAAUGUGGAUCAAGCUGGGGCAACAGCACAGUGGAGUUGUCGGCACAAGGUGGAUCAGCCAUCAUCCGCUUCAGAAGUGACAGCAGUGUUACUGGAAAGGGUUUUGUGGGUCCGUUCAAUAUUGAAGUGCGUUAG